UGCCCUAAAAGGAAGGAGGAAGUGAGAGCUCUCCAGCGAUGGCUGGCUGUCUGUGUGACAGCCCAUGAUGUUCUUUCCGGUCUCGGUAACAUUCUGAAUUUCCACCUGCCCACCCCUCCAGCUUAUAACGCUCAGCACGUGAAAUUAGAGCAGCUCAGUCUCUUUCUAUCUCCCGGUGGACGAGUAGGAGUGGAGUGUCAUGCUGUUUCUCCCAUUUUCCACAGUUCCCCGGAGGUAGAAGAACUCUGGCUGGAGACUCUCCGAGGACAGAGCCAGAGCCGCACGGGAGUGGGAUUCAUCCCUGGACAGCCAGCCCCGACGCUGAUGAAGUUAAUAAGCAACCGCAAUGCUUCAAAAACACUAAAUGCCGGUGAUAUGGAGACACUAAUCGAAUGUCAAUCAGAGGGUGAUAUCAAGGAACAUCCCCUGUUGGCAUCAUGUGAGAGUGAAGAUAGUAUUUGCCAGUUCAUUGAAGUUAAGAAGAGGAAGAAGGUGCUGUCCUGGCCCUUUCUCUUGAGAAGGCUCUCCCCUUCGUCAGAUUUCUCUGGGGCUUUGGAGCCAGAAUUGAAAGCGUCACUGUUUGAUCAGCCCUUGUCGAUUAUCUGCGGUGAAAACGACACACUCCCCAGGCCCAUUCAGGAUAUUCUCACUAUUCUGUGCCUCAAAGGCCCCUCCACGGAAGGGAUAUUCAGGAAAGCGGCCAACGAGAAGGCCCGCAAGGAGCUGAAGGAGGAGCUCAACUGCGGAGGCGCCGUGGAUCUGGAGCGGCGCCCCGUGCACCUGCUGGCCGUGGUCUUCAAGGACUUCCUCAGGAGCAUCCCCAUGAAGCUUCUUUCAAGUGACCUCUUUGAGGAGUGGAUGGGUGCCCUGGAGAUGCAGGACGAGGAGGAGAGAAUCGAGGCCCUGAAACAGGUUGCAGAUAAGCUCCCGCGGCCCAAUCUGCUGCUGUUGAAGCACCUGGUGUACGUUCUGUACCUGAUCAGCAAGAACUCCGAGGUCAGCAAGAUGGACUCCAGCAACCUGGCCAUCUGCAUCGGACCCAACAUGCUCACCCUGGAGAAUGACCAAAACUUGUCAUUUGAAGCCCAGAAAGACUUGAACAAUAAGGUUAAGACAUUGGUGGAAUUCCUCAUCGAUAACUGCUUUGAAAUAUUUGGGGAGAACAUUCCGGUGCAUUCCAGUAUCACCUCUGAUGACUCCCUAGAACACACUGACAGCUCAGACACGUCAACGCUGCAGAAUGACUCAGCCUAUGACAGCAACGACCCCGAUGUGGAAUCCAAUAGCAACAGCACCAUCAACUCUCCCGGCGGGCAGCCCCUGGGGCCCACUGGCCUGGCCGCCAGCCUGGAUGACAGGGGGCCGCGGGACGCCUGUGAGUCGAGGCCGGAGCCCAUUGCAAGCACGGUGGCCAGGCUGAAAGGUCGUCUCAGCCAGCCGGACAGGAGGCACUCGGAGCCCAGCAUGCUGUCCUCGCAAGAGUGCCUCGAGAACCAGACAACAAACCGAAGCCUAACAAAGAGUGAGGACGACCUCCCCACGCCCCGCGAAGGCUGUCGCCUGGAGAGUGAGGACGCUGAAGACCCAUUUCCAGAGGAGGUCUUCUCUGCAGGGCAAGGCAAAACCAAGAGGCCAGUGGACCUGAAGAUCAAGAACUUGACCCAGGGCUUGGCGUUACCACGGGGGCUGGUCCCCAAAGCCCUCUCCAGUGGCUCCCUGGACGGGUGCUCCGACAGCUCGCCCGUGGCUUCUCCCUCCAGCCCCAAAAGAAAUUUCUUCACCAGGCAUCAGUCUUUCUCCACGAAGACUGAAAAAAGCAAACCCAACAGAGAAAUUAAAAAACACUCCAUGUCAUUCUCCUUUGCCUCCCACAAAAAAGUGCUGACCAAAACCCCCAGCUCUGGGAAACCCCAAGUCUUUACCAGAGACCAAGUCACAAAGGGCUCUAAAAAAGAAAGCCAGCUGGCUGGCCGCAUUGUCCAGGAAGACGGGUCUGAAACCCACAGCCCCGCCGCUCUGGGCUGCAGCUCGAGGUCCUGCGCGCUCUGGGUGGACGACGUGUUCCAGCUGGCCGAGCCAGGGGGCCCUGGGAGCCCGCCCUCUUAUGACGAGGCCAUCCGGUGCCAGGCGUGGGAACCUGCCGCCUACGGCAGCCAGACCGUGGGCAGUAUGAGGGCGAGAUUGCUCAGCCAGGACCCCAUCCUGCCACCUCUUCUCCCGUCUCCCCACGGAGAGGACUCAAGAGACAGACGCAGUGGAGAGCCACUUGCUGGGCACAGACUGUCUCCCCUGACCCAGCGUUGGGCACAGAGCAGGACUGUCAGUGCUUCUGUGGAAACUCUGGGGCACUUGGCUGUCCCAGGGAGACCUGAGCUGCACCGUCUGAGGACGGCAUCAGAGACUGUGCAGAAGAAUAAGAGGGACUAUCUAAUGCGACGCUGUAGCCAGCCCAUCUUUGAGGCUGACCAACUGCAAUAUGCGAAAGAAUCCUAUAUUUAGGAAGGGAAGUCAUGCGCCAUGCCAUAGCUCAUGGUGUCUCUGUAAAGAUACGACUGUAUAAAGAACUGCUUUUAGAUUCCUUUUUGAAAGGUCAUGAAUAAGCUCCUUUAGAAAGUGCUGUAGAGCCCUCCUCAGUGAGGACAGCUACACCAUGGUGAUGGCGCAUCAGGUAGUGUCUGUGUGUACCUGGAUCUGUGCAAUAUCUGUGCAAUAUGUAACAAAUGUGUAAAAUGUAUUAUAGACCCGGUGUCAGGUGCAAAGAAUGUCUGCAUAAAUCCCUGCAUACUUUGUUUUUUUGUUUGUUUUUUUUUUUUGCAGUAAAGUUCACUGCUGUGCUCUGCCUCCUGGGGUACUUUUCUAUUGGUUAGUGUUUAAAAAUUAUCUUUGC